AUGGGGAUGGCUCUGGGUGCAACUUUUUGCACUCUUCAUUUCCUAGCGGUGAUCUUUGUCUCUGCGAUCAUUGCUAGCGCCUCCCGGCUCACAGCGCACGAAGUCCGCGGAGAUCUACAUUUCCCCCUCCGUGCACGCGGAACGAAUACAGAUGGAUCAGUGCCAAUAUACAAGAAUCCUAACGCGUCGAUCGAGGAUCGUGUGAAUGAUUUGCUUCCGCGAAUGACACUGCAGGAGAAGGUAGCGCAGAUAAUUCAAGGCGAUCUUGAUGGGUGGAUGAACCUGACCGAUCCACUUGAUGACACCAAAACCUACAAUGAAACCGGUCUGAUUGAAAUGAUGGAAUACAAGAGCGGUGCGAUCUGGGGCGGAUAUCUUAUGCCCUGGGAUAAGUGGGUCUACGGCAUAACCAUUGGCCAGAAAUACCUUAUGGAAAACACCACGCUCGGCAUCCCUGCCAUAGUGCAGUCCGAAGGCUUGCACGGCUUUACUAACAACGGUACAAUCUGGCCCUCGCCCAUUGGCCUCGCAGCGUCCUUCGACACCCCACUUCUCACACAAGCAGCAGCGACGAUUGCGGACGAGGCGGAGGGCCUUGGAUUCUCUCAGCUCUUUGCACCUGUCUUAGACCUCUCUCGUGAGCUUCGAUGGGGCCGAGUGGAAGAAAAUUUCGGAGAGGACCCGUUUCUGACCGGAGAGAUGGGACACGCCUAUAUCACAGGGCUGCAAACCGGCCGCCGGCGGAACACAAGCUCAGAGGCCAUUGCACGAAUGGCAUCGACUUGCAAGCACUUCGCAGCCUAUGGCAGCCCGCAGGGUGGUUUAAAUAUUGCGCAGGUAUCUGGCGGAGAGCGUGAGCUGCGGACGAUGUAUUUGCGACCAUUUAGUCGUGCAUGUGUGGAUAGCCUGUCCAUCAUGACUGCGUAUGCAAGUUAUGAUGGGAUCCCCGCAGUCUCGAAUUACCAUUUGCUCACAGAGAUUCUCCGCGAAGAAUGGGGUUACAAGUACUUUGUCACUACGGACGCAGGCUCUGUCGAUCUACUAUACUCCCUCCACGGCACGUGUGGCACGCGCGAGUGCGCGGCAAAGGACGCGCUAGAGAACGGGCUGCAGAUGGAGAUGGGUGGUGGAACAUACACCUAUUUGACAUUACCUGAUCAGGUUGCGGAGGGAAUUGUGGACGUCUCGUACAUUGACGAGACUGUCAAGUAUGUGCUAACAACGAAGUUCGCCCUGGGUCUAUUUGAGAAUCCAUACCCGUACCAGGACUAUCUGUCUACGCUGCGGACUCCGGAGACGAGAGCACUAUUGCACGUCAUGGAACGAGAGACAAUCGUACUCCUCGAGAACCGACAGAAUACGCUCCCUCUGAGCAAGAGUAUGAACUCCGUCGCUCUGAUUGGUCCUCAAGUCAACCGUGUCUCUUUCGGGGACUACGUCUUCUACAACGCCUCACUGAACGGGAUCUCGCCGCUCGAAGGCUUCACCCAGCUCCUGGCGGAUACUUCCGUACAAAUCAACUACGCCGAGGGCUGCAGGCUGUGGUCAAACGACGAGUCUGAAUUCGCCGAAGCCAUCGCGGCCGCGCAGGCAUCUGAUGUGGCAGUUGUCAUGGUCGGGACGUGGUCCCUCGACCAGACGCUACUUUGGACGCCCGGCACGAACGCAACAACGGGCGAGCACGUUGAUCUGUCAUCCCUCGCACUCGUCGGUGCGCAGCUGAAGCUGGUGCAGGCUGUGAAGGCUACCGGGAAGCCCACGAUCGUUGUGUUUGUCAGCGGGAAGCCUGUCUCUGAGCCUUGGAUCCAGCAGAAUGCGGAUGCCGUGGUUCAACAAUUCUAUCCCGGAGAGUUAGGUGGACUCGCCCUCGCUGAGAUCAUCUUUGGGGACGUGAAUCCCUCUGGGAAGCUUCCUGUAUCUUUCCCGCAGAGUGUGGGCACAACUCCAGUAUUCUACAAUUACCUUAAGGGGGCUCGCCCUAUUGACCCUGGGAUGGUCUACCCCAAUGGAACCUUGGUAUUCGGACAUCAGUAUGUCUUGAACACCCCGGUACCCAUAUGGAGCUUCGGGCACGGUCUCAGCUACACGACCUUCAACUACACGAACUUGGGACUGUCCCCCUCAACGAUUGGAACUGCGGACAACUUCAACGUGAGCAUGACGGUCCAGAAUACGGGCGAAAGGGACGGUAUGGAGGUGUACAUGACGGAUCUCGUUAGCUCUGUCGUGACCCCCAAUCAGAUGCUAGUCGGCUUCCAGAAAGUGAACCUCACGUACGCCCUUCUCUCUACCUCCGCACCCGGAAAGGCUGAGCAUCUCUUCUUCGCAGAGCGGGAAGUUCUCGAACCGUCACCAUCCCCGUGA